AUGGAUAGCGGCGGCGGGACUGCCCCGGCCGGGGCGCUCGGGGCCGCGGGCGAGUCCGCCCUGUGCGCGCUGCCAGCCGGCAGCGAGGGCACCGCGGGGCCGUCGGAGCCCAGCGGCUUGGCAGAGGGCGCAGGCGGCGGGGGCGGGCCGCGAAGGGCUCUGCGGGCAAUAUAUGUGCGCAACGAGAGCACGCAGGGCGGCGCGGCCGGCGGCCACGAGACGGGCGCACAGCAGUGCUUGCUGCGGGCCUGUGAGGCUGAGGGCGCCCACCUCACCUCCGUGCCCUUCGGGGAGCUCGACUUCGGGGAGACUGCCGUGCUCGACGCCUUCUACGACGCAGAUGUUGCUGUGGUGGACAUGAGUGAUAUCUCCAGACAGCCUUCGCUCUUCUACCAUCUUGGAGUUCGUGAGAGCUUUGACAUGGCCAAUAACGUGAUCCUUUACCACGACACGGAUGCUGACACUGCUCUUUCGCUGAAGGAUAUGGUAACUCAGAAAAACACGGCAUCGAGUGGAAAUUACUAUUUCAUCCCGUACAUCGUGACACCAUGUGCUGAUUAUUUUUGCUGCGAGAGUGAUGCGCAGAGACGUGCCUCCGAGUACAUGCAGCCUACCUGGGAUACCAUCCUGGGCCCACUGUGUGUGCCCCUGGUGGACAGGUUUACUGGCCUUCUCAAGGACAUCCACGUGACCUCAUGUGCUUAUUACAAAGAAACCUUGUUAAAUGAUAUCCGGAAAGCCAGAGAGAAAUACCAGGGUGAUGAACUGGCAAAGGAGCUGUCUCGGAUCAAACUCCGCAUGGAUAAUACCGAGGUUCUCACCUCAGACAUCAUCAUUAACUUACUGCUGUCCUACCGUGAUAUCCAGGACUAUGAUGCAAUGGUGAAGCUGGUAGAAACCCUGGAAACGCUGCCUACGUGUGAUUUGGCUGACCAGCAUAACAUUAAAUUUCACUACGCGUUUGCGCUCAAUAGGAGAAACAGCGCAGGGGACCGCAACAGGGCGCUACAGGUCAUGCUCCAGGUGCUGCAGAGUUGUGACCAGCCGGCCCCUGACAUGUUCUGCCUUUGUGGGAGGAUCUACAAGGACAUCUUCUUGGAUUCAGACUGCAAGGACGACGCCAGCCACAGCAGUGCCAUUGAGUGGUACCGCAAAGGGUUCGAGCUCCAGCCAUCUCUCUAUUCAGGAAUUAACCUUGCAGUUUUGCUGAUAGUUGCUGGACAACAAUUUGAAACUUCCAUGGAACUAAGGAAAAUAGGUGUCCGGCUGAACAGCCUGUUGGGAAGAAAAGGGAGCUUGGAGAAAAUGAACAAUUACUGGGAUGUGGGUCAGUUUUUCAAUGUCAGCAUGUUGGCCAGCGAUGUGGGGAAGGCUGUCCAGGCAGCAGAGAAGUUGUUCAGACUGAAGCCUCCAAUCUGGUGA